AUUAUGGUUGGAGAAAAAGCGUCCGAUUUGAUCAAAAACACUUGGUUAUAAAGAAUUUUAUUUAACCAAUGCAACAGCAUUUUUUUGUUGUUGGUUAAUUUGAGGCUUUCAUCUAGAGCCAAGAGCAUGGGCGGUUGAGCCAUUGUAUUUUUACGGGAAAUCUUUGAUUUUCUCCGAAAUACCGGCAAAAGGAAAGAAGCUUCCGUUGAGAGCAGUCGGGCCGAUACAAUGUUUCUGGGAAGAGAAUUCGGUUUGGCCCUGAUAUCGUUAAUCUCGGGGUUCCUGUUCAGUGACAAUCGCAGCAAUCCCGAAGGAUACGUCCGCGACACAUCGACCAUUCGGAGCGAAUAUGACUUUAUUAUCAUCGGAGCUGGAUCAGCAGGUGCAGUAAUAGCUAACCGGCUAACUGAAAUUGACGGAUGGAACGUUUUACUGCUAGAGGCAGGAGAAGAUGAGAGUAUCACUGGGCAAAUUCCACUUUUUGCCGCCAGCCUGCAAUUGACGGAUGUCGAUUGGCAAUACAAAACGGAGCCUCAGGCCAACGCCUGUCAAGGAUAUGUUAAUCAAAAGUGCAAUUGGCCUCGAGGUAAAAUGCUGGGAGGAAGUUCGUCCAUCAAUUACAUGCUGUACGUACGAGGGAACAAACGCGAUUACAACAAAUGGAGAGACGAUGGAAAUACUGGAUGGGGAUACGAUGAUGUUCUUCCAUAUUUCCUGAAAUCUGAAGAUAAUCAAAAUCCAAAUCUUGCCGGAACAAAAUAUCACGGCAAAGGCGGAUACUUGACGGUCGGAGAGGCUGCCUAUCGUUCACCAUUAAGUGCUGCGUUUAUCCAGGGCGGAGUUGAAAUGGGAUACGAAAAUCGCGACUGCAAUGGCGAAUUCCAGACAGGUUUUAUGAUUCCACAGGGAACGGUACGUCGUGGAAGACGUUGUUCGACUUCAAAAGCAUUUUUGCGUCCAGUUCGUCAUAGGAGAAAUCUUCACAUAUCUAAAAAUUCACACGUUCAGAAAAUCAUUAUUGACCCGAUUACAAAGAUAGCAACGGGCGUAGAAUUUGAAAAGCAAGGAAGAAAGUAUAUCGUUAAAGCUAGCAAAGAAGUUGUAUUAUCUGCCGGAAGUAUUGCAUCUCCACAAAUCUUGAUGUUGAGCGGAGUCGGUCCAGCAGCUCAUCUAAUAGAGAAAGGCAUUACGCCCAUUUUGGACCUGCAAUACGUUGGUGAAAACUUGCAUGAUCAUGUCGGACUCAUCGGAAUGGUUUUCUUAAUUGAUAAGCCAUACUCUGUAAUAUCAGCCUCAAGAGUCAUGAAUCUGCCUGUCAUCCUGAAUUAUACUCUUUUUGGAGGAACUACUAUGUCACUGUUGGGAGGUGUGGAAGGACUCGCAUGGGUCAAAUCCCAAUAUGCUAAUCAGGUAGAUGACUGGCCAGACAUUCAAUUACAUUUCGGUUCCGGCAGUGAAAUAUCCGAUGAUGGAACUGCCGUCCGUUUCGCCCAUGGCUUUACGGAUGGUGUAUGGGAACAGUACUACAAACCAAUUCUUAACAAAGAUAGUUGGACCAUUUUUCCUUUGUUUCUGAGACCAAGAUCUCGUGGAAAUAUUCGACUCAAUUCCAAGGAUCCCUAUGACAAACCUCUCAUCAAUCCAAAUUACUUUAAAGAUCCUUAUGAUUUAAAAAUCACAAUUGAAGCAGUCAAGAUCAGUAUAGCUCUGAGUAAAACAGAAGCUUUAAAGAAAAUGGGUUCCAGGUUGUACGAUAAACCUUUCCCAGGAUGUGAAGGAUUCCAGUUGUGGACAGAUGAUUACUGGGGAUGCUGGAUAAAGAGAUCCAGUUUUACAUUGGCUCACACUGUUGGCACUUGCAAAAUGGGUCCAGACAAUGAUCCAACAGCAGUUGUUGAUCCUCAGUUGAGACUUCGAGGUAUUAAAAACUUACGUAUAGCUGAUACUUCGAUCAUGCCAUCAGUGCCGAGUGGAAACACGAAUGCCCCAACGAUAAUGGUUGGAGAAAAAGCAUCAGACCUGAUUAAGCAAACCUGGUUAUAGUUAUGUUAAAAUACCGAAAUUUUUUGUGAAAUCAAAUAUUGAAGCAACCGUCCAUGUUGAGAUUUCGCACCACUGUCACCUGCCCCCUUGUUCUUGAGCGCAGACAAUCCAGACAUCUUGGGACUUGGGAGUUAGGGCUUAGGGAGACACGCGGAUCAACUUGCACUCCAUUUAGCUUCAUUUAUGAAAUUUAAUUAGCAAGAUGAUUUUUGCUAAGCAUCAUGAUUGAUAGUGCUUGAAUGUUUUGUAUGGUGAUUUUCGUCAAGCUCGUUUCUAAAAAUUCAUGUUAAAAGAACCAUUUCUUUCAUAGUUGGUUGCAAUGCUGCUGGCUGUGGUUGCGUUAAUAGAUGUUUCGAUAACAUCUAGGCUCAUGAGAUUCGUAAUUUGAUGACUUCUGUUCCUACUCUCAUCCAACAACUAAUUACACCACCCAGAAUGUCGAAUUUUCCAACAACUAAUUACACCACCCAGAAUGUCGAA